AUGAGUUACGACCAGACACAAUCAAUUGUUUUCGACUCCAGCGAUAUAGCCCGCGGCGAUGGUCUGUCUGUGAAACUCAUCCUCCUCUCCUCUCCUCUCUAUCCUAUCAACCUGUCCAUCAACCUGUCCAUCAAAAUUAUCAAGAAUCAUCUCCUACCAACCAUGCCCCUCUCCUCUCUCUUCCACCGCUCCCACCCGGACGAGCUCCACGCCCCCAGCUGGCACGCCACAAGCAACCGACCCAUCGUGGGCGGAAAAUACCACGACCCGGAGACCGGCGAAGUGCGCGACGCCACGGGACACGAGUUCUCGGGCCCCCUCCCGCCGUGGACAUCAUCAUCACGAAUCUCCACGAGGACUCGUCCGGCCGUUGUGGAGGAACGCAAGCUGAUGCUGGAUUCGGUGAAUGCGACGCCGUAUGCGAUUCGCGUGGUGCUGGCGCAUGGGCUGAGUGGGGAGGAGUUUGGGGAGGUUGCGGGGGUGAUGGUUGAUGGGGUUUGGGGGGAGAGGGUGGGUUAA